AUGGACUUCAUCCUCGAAUCCCGCGUCCCCAAAGGCGGUGGCGGCGGCCGGGGUGGCAGCAGUAGCGGCAAAUCCUCAAAAUCCAAAUCCAAAUCCAAAACAAGCAAAAACAAGUCCAAAGGCGGUCACGUCGUCACCGGCGGUGGUGGAGGCGGCCUCGGCACGCUCCCCGUCUGGGCCCGGGUUCUCAUCAUCGUCCUGAUUGUCUGGUUCAUUCUGUUCCUCAUUGCUUUCGUAUACUACUUGGUCCAGGAGCUCAAACGCAAAAAGCAAGGCCAGAAAUUCCGUUUCGACCACGUCCUCGGCCAUGCCCUCCUCGUUUCAACGGGUCUCUGGGUACUCGUCUUCCUCUACAAGAAAUUCGCCGCUCACAGGAGGGGCAAGUCCGGCAAGAGCGAGUCCGGGGCCCGCGGGGGCGUCUACGCCAAGAUUGAAGAGGGCAGGGCCGAAAACGGCAGCAACAGGGACUCCUGGUACGCCAGCGCCGCAGCAGGCAACACCAACAACAACCCCCCGGAAAGCAAGUACGAGCCCAUGGGCUACGCGCCCAACCGCUCACAGACGCCCGUGCCGCCAUACGCCCCCUCGGCGGUGUCCGACUCGACCGCUGCUCCGGCGACGGCGACGGGGCAGGCCGGUGCCGCCGCGGAGUACUACCUGCCGCAGCCGCCUUCCAACACCGCGCCCCCGCAACACCCGCCCCAGUACAGCUGA